AGUGUGACAGUGCCCUCUAGUUUGUCUAUUAGUAGUUGCAAAAUAAUUGCAAUAAAAAACGCAAUUUUCAUCUAUUUUAUUUCAAUUAUAUUCAAGUCAUUCUGUAUUUCUACAAAUUGCUUUUCUAUCAAAAAUUGUUUUUAAUUGCCCAAGGGCAUUGAAUUUUAAAUAUAAUUUUAGUUUAUUUAUAAAAACAACCAAAAAUGGGUCGUCGACCCGCGAGAUGCUAUCGUUAUUGUAAAAAUAAGCCAUAUCCAAAGUCACGUUUCUGUCGUGGUGUACCCGAUCCUAAAAUACGAAUUUUCGAUUUGGGCAAAAAGAAAGCGUCCGUCGAGGAUUUUCCAUUGUGUGUUCAUUUAGUUUCCGGCGAAUAUGAACAAUUGAGCUCCGAAGCACUUGAGGCUGGUCGAAUUUGUGCCAAUAAAUACAUGGUUAAAAAUGCAGGAAAAGAUCAAUUUCAUAUUAGAAUGCGAUUGCAUCCAUUUCAUGUUAUUCGAAUUAACAAAAUGUUAUCAUGUGCUGGCGCUGAUAGACUUCAAACUGGAAUGAGAGGUGCUUUUGGAAAACCGCAGGGUACAGUUGCUCGUGUUCAUAUUGGUCAGCCAAUAAUGAGUGUUCGUUCAUCAGAUCGUCAUAAGGCAGCUGUAAUUGAAGCUCUUCGUCGUGCAAAAUUCAAAUUUCCCGGUAGGCAAAAAAUUUAUGUCUCAAAAAAAUGGGGUUUCACUAAAUACGAUCGCGCUGAAUAUGAGGAUUUAAAAUUAAAUGGCCGUUUAGCUCCCGAUGGAUGUAUAGUGAAAUAUCUACCGGAACAUGGUCCACUCAGUAAUUGGAAGAAAUUCCGUGAGAAUAUGACUGCUUAAGUAUAUAAAUAAUAAUUUUUAUCCUUAAUGUCAGUUUGAAUAAAAUUUUAUUAAAUCUACAAAAAACACCUAAA